UUUUUUUCAGUUCAUUGUGAGGCGCCGGAGCGGUCACACCGUUUUCGGCUCGCGCUCUGAAGGGUUGUGCCCAAAAAACGUUCAGCUGAAUCUGUGUAUUUUGGAAGUGUAAAGAAUCGUGUGAAGUUGUUUUGAUGCAAACAUUUGUGUUGUGCUUGGAAAGUUUCGUGCGAAUUAUUUAAGGGGAAGGUAUGUUAACUUGCGCCUCCCCCGCCGGCAUGACGCCCGCGCCCCACUCCUCGCACCCCCAGGCCUGGGGCCCGUUGAUACAACCAUCAGCCGUGAAAUCCGAACCAAUGGACGACGCGAGUUUCGUGAAAGAUCAAGCCAGCGGCUUCUACUCCGAGGGCUUCCACAGCGCGUCCCCGUCCUCCUCCAGCAAGGACUCCAACGGACACUCGCCCCGCAGCGUCGGCAGCUCCGGCGACCCGUCCCCGUACUACGACGCCAUGCCUCUCAAAGCCAAGGCCAACCUAGGCAUGCACCUCGACACCUACCGCGGAGGUAUGCCCUACAGCCUCCUCACGCCCCCCGGCUUCGAGCCCCGCGCCAACGAAGGCCGAGUCCCCUCGCCCGGCUACGAAACGUCUUAUUCCCCGAGAACGUUGGCGCCCCCCGCUCACGUGUCGACCCCAUUAGCGCGUGCCGACGCCACGCCGCCCAAAUCUCCCCCUAGGACCCCGUCCUCGCCCGACAGGGACCACGACAGGCGAUCAUUCGACCGCUUCCAAGAUUCCGGCUACGACGCGCAGGGAAAGCCCGACGCCGACGACGGUCGCGACGGCUCCGGUCUCGACGACGACUUCGAUGAGGAACCCGGCCUCCGUGUCCCAGCCGUUAACUCCCACGGCAAAGUCAAAACGUUCAAAUGCAAACAAUGCGAGUUCGUCGCCGUCACCAAACUCAGCUUCUGGGAACACAGCAAGGAGCAUAUCAAACCCGAGAAAAUGCUUUGCUGCAGAAAGUGCCCGUUCGUCACCGAGUAUAAACAUCAUCUUGAGUACCACAUGAGAAACCACCUAGGCUCCAAGCCAUUUCAAUGCAGUCAGUGCUCGUACUCCUGCGUCAACAAAUCAAUGCUCAACUCGCACCUCAAGUCCCACUCGAACGUUUAUCAAUACCGUUGCGCAGACUGCAAUUACGCGACCAAGUAUUGCCACUCUUUGAAACUGCACCUGCGCAAAUACCAACAUAAUCCGGCCAUGGUACUAAAUUUAGACGGGACGCCUAACCCGUUGCCGAUAAUUGACGUGUACGGCACUCGCCGUGGGCCCAAACAAAAACCGAUGUCAAAAAUGUUUGAACAACAAGUAAUGAACAACAAUCAGCCACCGCCGCCGCCGCCGCCGACGCACCCGCUAUUUGGCAACCAUUUCCCGGUAAACCUACCGAACUUGCCAUACUUGCCGCCUCUGCUACCUCACUCUUUUCUCUUCCCACCGAACAACAGUUACGAGUCUCGGACUUCUCCUAAGCAUUCUGAGACUGUACCAGAAAAACCACAAAACAUAACCCCACCGCCUUCUAUUUUGCAUCAGCGUUUGUCGUACGGAGAGCGCAUGGAAACUAAUUCGUCGCCUCCAGCUAAGUCCCCAGUAAGCUUACCCCGCACGCCACCUGCAAGAUGUGUCACACCUGUUCAAACUAACGACGCCCUCGACCUGACAAACGCAAAGACGAGCGAAGCUGGAUCGCCUCCACCUAAUUCAGAUAAAUCUAUGCCAGUGACACCCACCACUAGCCUCAAACACCGAAGAAAAGGGCCCGCUUUUAAACUUCAGCCCGCUGCGUUGCGUCUACAACAUGAAGAUGACAAACCGCAAAAAAUAGACGUGUCCGAGUCCGAAUCAGAGGAAGAAACGCCGUCGACGACCGCACAGAACACUUAUACGUGUCAAUACUGUGACAUCACCUUUGGGGACUUGACCAUGCAUACGAUUCACAUGGGUUUCCAUGGUUACAACGACCCCUUCAUGUGUAAUAAGUGCGGGGAGCGCAGCGCGGACCGCGUCGCUUUCUUCAUCCACUUAGGUCGCGCUCAGCACGCUUAGCGCCCAAAACCUUUAGAUUCGAAACCUAAUAUACCUAGUCACGCUCGCUUGUAUGUACUUUAGUAUGUAAUGUAAUUAAAAGUUCAAAAGGUAGCGGUAGAAUUUGUCAGUUCUAAACAUUGUAGGCCAAAGAAUAUUCAGUCUUGUCAAAUUUUCCUUUUUUUGCAUUUGACGAUAAUGUUGUAAAUAUUGUUAGAUUUCAAAUAGAUUUAGUUUAGCGUAUAGAUAUGUUACCCCUGUGUUAUAGUUCUAGGCGUUAGAAACGAGUGACCAAUGUGUAAACAAGACUGUAUCUUUUGAUUAAGUACAAAAA